AUCAAAGUUUCCGUUACUAGCCCUAGCUUCCCUCUUUCUCUUUGCUCGGCUACUGCUGCACUGGUUUUGCCUUUUUUGAUUUCUCAACAAUUUAUCUUAAAUUCGAUUUGACUCUAAUUCUUUCUUCAAGCUCUAAUUUCCAUUUUGUUCUUCGGUGAACAUCAAAUGGAGAGUGAGAGUCCAACAGAAACAAAGAAAGGCAAAUCAAAAACUCCCAGGAAAGCUAAAGAAAGCAUUCUCAAGCAAAAGUCCCCAGCUGAGUUCUUUGCAGAGAACAAAAACAUUGCUGGCUUUGAUAACCCCGGUAAAUGUUUAUACACCACUGUUAGGGAACUGGUUGAAAAUGCACUAGAUUCAGCGGAGUCAAUAUCUGAGCUUCCAAUUGUAGAAAUAGCAAUAGAAGAGAUCGUCAAAAGCAAGUUCAAUUCCAUGAUUGGGCUUGUUGAUAGGGAACGUGUUGAUGAAGAAUUAUACGAUGAUUACGAGACAGCUAAGGCCCGCGAGAAAAGAUUAGCGAAGGAAGCUCGAGCUCAAGAAAUUCAAGCAAAAAAUGCUGCCCUUGGGAAGAAAGUCAAAGAAUCUGCAGCUCCCAAGAGUGUCAAGGGUCGAGGCGAAGCUUCUUUUUACAGGGUUACAUGCAAGGACAACGGAAGAGGAAUGCCACAUGAUGACAUCCCAAACAUGUUUGGACGAGUUCUGUCUGGCACAAAAUAUGGCUUGAAGCAGACACGUGGAAAGUUUGGUCUUGGUGCAAAAAUGGCCUUAAUUUGGUCCAAAAUGAGUACAGGCCUGCCAAUCGAGAUCUCAUCAUCAAUGAGGGGUCAAAAUUAUAUUUCCUUCUGUAGGCUGGAUAUAGAUAUUCAUAGGAACAUUCCUCACAUUCAUUUACAUGAAAAACGCGACAACAAGGAUAGAUGGCAUGGGGCUGAAAUUCAAGUGGUCAUUGAGGGAAAUUGGACAACUUACCGUUCCAAGAUAUUGCAUUACAUGCGACAAAUGGCUGUUAUCACCCCUUAUGCUCAAUUUCUUUUUAAGUUUGUAUCUGAUGCCCCUGAUAAAAAUGUCACUAUAAAGUUUGCACGGAGGACAGAUGUAAUGCCUCCAGUUCCUGUUGAGACGAAGCACCAUCCUUCAUCUGUUGACAUACUACUAAUCAAACGCCUUAUUGCUGAAACUUCAAAACAGAACCUAAUGCAGUUGCUUCAGCAUGAAUUUGUAAAUAUUGGAAAAUCCCUUGCUGAACGACUAAUUGGAGAAAUGGGUCCAGAGUUUAGUCCAAAAUUGGCUGUGAAGUCUCUAACUGAUCAGCAAAUAGUUCGCAUCCACCAAUUAUUUCGUCAAGCUAAAUUUGAUGACCCCAGUGGUGAUUGUCUAAGUCCUGCGGGUGAGUACAAUCUUCGCUUAGGAAUUAUAAAGGAACUACAUCCUGACAUGGUCGCAACUUAUUCAGGCAGUGCUCAAGUUUUUGAGGGGCACCCGUUCAUUGUGGAAGCUGGUGUUAGUGUGGGUGGAAAAGAUGUUAAACAGGGUUUGAAUAUUUUCCGAUUUGCAAAUCGAAUACCGCUUCUUUUUGAGCAAGGUGGUGAUGUUGUCACAAGGACUGCGCUAAAGAGAAUCAGUUGGAGUAGUUACAAGAUCAACCAAACACAAGAUAAAAUUGGUGUCUUUGUGAGUAUUGUAAGCACAAAAAUCCCCUUUAAAGGGACUGGGAAGGAGUACAUUGGGGAUGAUAUCAGCGAAAUAGCUAGUGCUGUCAAGUCUGCAAUUAAGCAGUGCUGCAUCCAGCUGAAGUCGAAAAUAGUAAAGAAAAUGCAGGCUCGUGAACAGCAAGAGAGAAAGCGAAAUUUGAGCAAGUAUAUUCCUGAUGCUACAAAUGCUAUGUAUGAUGUUUUGAAAGAAAUGGCAAAGUCGCAUGCAUCAAAAAAGAAACGUUUUGAGGAAAGGGAUGCAGAUAUUCUUCGAAAGGUAUCUGAUCAGUUGAUUACCAAAGAGACACUCAAGGAACAGCUCACUCAACAUGUCGCAAAGGUGGAUUAUGAGAUGGCAUUGGAGUAUGCCACGCAAAGUGGAGUAAACGAGGAACCAAGAGAAGAUAUAUAUUUACCGUCACUUUAUGCUAAAAGUAACUUCUUUGAUUUCCAUAGUCCCAUAUUUGUCUUCAGACUCUUCCAGUAGGACUAUUUCAUUUACUUAUUACCCAAUUAUACCAUUUUUAUUUUCCAACCUGGCAACCUCAAUAUAGUAAGGAACACUAGUUAUACCAUUUUUACUGAUCUGUAGCCUACAAAGAAAACUAGAUAUUUGAGUUGAACGUGAACGUACAUUGUAGCCCUGAAAUUGAGAGUUUUGAUUUUUUUAGUUUAGUUUUUUGAUAGAAUAGUUAUGCUGACAUGGAGAAUAGUGAAAAUAUCUUGGAACAAGUGAUAAGAUUUAUAAGUUAAUUUAACAUUUAAAAUA